ACCCAAGAGCACACCAACAACUGGGCCGUGCUCGUCUGUGCCUCCCGGUACUGGUUUAACUACCGACACAUGGCCAACACCCUAGGCAUGUACCGCACUGUCAAGCGUCUCGGUAUUCCCGAUAGUAACAUCAUCCUCAUGCUCGCUGAUGAUGUCGCCUGCAACGCGAGGAAUCAUUUCCCAGGGACUGUGUUUGCGAAUGCGGACCGGAAGCUGGACUUGUAUGGGGAUAACAUAGAGGUCGAUUAUCGGGGGUAUGAGGUGACGGUGGAGAACUUUAUACGACUGUUGACAGGGCGUGUCUCCCCUACCCUUCCACGAUCCAAGCGACUACUCACCGACGCCCGCUCAAACGUCUUCGUGUACAUGACAGGGCACGGAGGGGCCGAGUUCCUCAAAUUUCAGGACAACGAGGAGAUCUCCGCGUUCGAUAUUGCCGAUGCAUUUGAGCAGAUGUGGCAGAAGAGACGUUAUAACGAACUGUUUUUUAUGGUCGACACUUGCCAGGCGAACACCAUGUAUACCAAGUUCUAUUCACCGAAUAUACUUGCGACUGGGAGCUCGGAGCUCAAGGAGAAUUCGUACUCUCAUCAUAACGACGCAGACAUCGGGGUAGCAGUGAUCGACAGCUUCACUCACUACAUUCUGCAAUACAUGGAAGGGCAAAACAGCACGUCCAAAACGACGUUACAAGAUCUCUUCGCGACAUACGACCCUGUGCGGAUCAAGUCCCACGCUGGGGUACGAUCAGACUUGUACCAUCGUCCGCUGGACCAAGUGAGAAUCACGGAUUUCUUGGGCGCUGUCUCUAAAGUAGAUGUACUACCGUUAGAUUAUUGAGAAAAUACCCGUGUUGUUGCUUGUCGACGCUAUUGGCUAGAUCUUCUAAUAAUGCUGAUCAUAGAGAGUCGCUCUUCACUUGACAGCAUGUGUUCCAGUGCGAGUCCAGCUCUCUUGGCAACUACUACUAUCGAUAUCCCGAUGUCGAAGGGUCACGUUCGGAGAUAUCUCUGGGCUGGCGGCAUCAUGAGCCUCAUUUGGUGCUACCACUAGACUAGUACUUUUGUUUCCAUUGCGGAAUAGGGUAUGUCUCACACCA